GGCCUUCCUGCAGCCUCUUCCGCUUGCCGGCGGCGCCUGGGACGGUUGCGGUGGUUCUGGGCGCUGGGAAGUCGUCCAAGAUGAUUAAAAAAUUCGACAAGAAGGACGAGGAGUCUGGUAGUGGUUCCAAUCCUUUCCAACAUCUGGAGAAGAGUGCUGUCUUACAGGAGGCUCGUCUAUUCAAUGAAACGCCCAUCAAUCCAAGAAGAUGUUUGCAUAUUCUUACAAAGAUUCUUUACUUACUGAACCAGGGUGAACACUUUGGAACUAUGGAAGCUACAGAAGCCUUCUUUGCAAUGACUCGAUUGUUUCAAUCUAAUGAUCAAACGUUGAGGAGAAUGUGCUACCUUACCAUCAAGGAAAUGGCCACCAUCUCUGAGGAUGUGAUAAUCGUCACUAGCAGUCUGACUAAGGACAUGACUGGAAAAGAAGAUGUAUACCGUGGCCCAGCCAUCAGGGCGCUCUGCAGAAUCACAGAUGGAACAAUGUUACAAGCCAUUGAAAGAUACAUGAAGCAGGCCAUUGUGGAUAAAGUCCCCAGUGUUUCCAGUUCUGCAUUGGUAUCUUCCUUACAUAUGAUGAAGAUAAGCUAUGAUGUGGUUAAACGCUGGAUAAAUGAAGCCCAAGAAGCUGCAUCAAGUGACAAUAUUAUGGUGCAGUACCAUGCACUGGGAGUACUUUAUCACCUUAGGAAGAAUGAUCGUCUUGCUGUUUCCAAGAUGUUAAACAAGUUCACCAAAUGUGGUCUGAAGUCACAGUUUGCUUACUGCAUGCUGAUCCGAAUUGCAAGUCGCUUACUAAAAGAAACUGAGGAUGGCCAUGAGAGUCCACUCUUUGAUUUCAUUGAGAGCUGUUUGCGAAAUAAACAUGAAAUGGUUGUUUAUGAAGCUGCUUCUGCUAUCAUCCAUCUUCCUAACUGUACUGCAAGAGAGUUGGCACCUGCUGUCUCAGUUCUUCAACUUUUCUGUAGCUCUCCUAAGCCAGCCUUGAGAUAUGCAGCUGUGAGGACCUUGAAUAAGGUGGCAAUGAAGCACCCCUCUGCUGUUACUGCCUGUAACCUGGACUUAGAAAACUUGAUCACGGACUCAAACAGAAGCAUUGCUACCCUAGCCAUUACUACACUGCUGAAAACAGGAAGCGAGAGCAGUGUGGACAGACUCAUGAAGCAGAUAUCUUCUUUUGUGUCAGAAAUCUCAGAUGAGUUCAAGGUGGUGGUUGUACAGGCAAUUAGUGCUCUCUGUCAGAAAUACCCUCGGAAACACAGUGUCAUGAUGACUUUUCUCUCCAACAUGCUCCGAGAUGAUGGAGGCUUUGAAUACAAGCGUGCCAUUGUGGACUGCAUAAUCAGCAUUGUGGAGGAGAAUCCUGAGAGCAAAGAAGCAGGUCUAGCCCACCUGUGUGAGUUUAUUGAAGACUGUGAACAUACUGUUCUAGCUACCAAGAUUCUACACUUGCUGGGCAAAGAGGGCCCCAGAACUCCUGUCCCCUCCAAGUAUAUCCGUUUCAUCUUUAAUAGGGUCGUCCUGGAGAAUGAGGCUGUCAGAGCUGCUGCUGUGAGUGCUUUGGCUAAAUUUGGGGCUCAGAAUGAGAGUCUUCUUCCAAGCAUCCUUGUACUUUUACAAAGGUGUAUGAUGGAUACUGAUGAUGAGGUACGGGACCGAGCAACCUUCUACCUGAAUGUGCUGCAGCAGAGGCAGACAACACUCAAUGCUACAUAUAUUUUCAAUGGCCUGACGGUCUCUGUACCAGGGAUGGAAAAGGCCUUACACCAGUACACACUGGAGCCUUCAGAAAAACCCUUUGAUCUCAAAUCAAUUCCUCUUGCUAUGGCUCCUGUCUUUGAACAGAAAGCAGAAAUCACACUUGUGGCUCCUAAGCCAGAAAAGUUGGCUCCUUCCAGGCAAGAUAUUUUUCAAGAACAAUUGGCCGCCAUUCCUGAGUUUAUGAAUCUAGGACCCUUAUUCAAAUCUUCUGAGCCCGUUCAACUUACAGAAGCAGAGACAGAAUAUUUUGUUCGAUGUAUCAAGCACAUGUUUACUGAUCAUAUUGUGUUCCAGUUUGAUUGUACCAAUACUCUCAAUGACCAACUAUUAGAGAAGGUGACAGUGCAGAUGGAACCAUCAGAUUCCUAUGAAGUUCUGUGUUGCAUCCCAGCCCCCAGCCUCACAUAUAAUCAACCAGGAAUAUGUUACACUCUUGUUCGAUUGCCUGAUGAGGAUCCUACAGCAGUUGCAUCUACCUUUAGUUGCACCAUGAAGUUUACAGUGCGGGACUGUGACCCUAACACUGGAGUGCCAGAUGAGGAUGGGUACGAUGAUGAGUAUGUGCUGGAAGACCUUGAGGUGACUGUGUCUGACCACAUUCAGAAGGUAUUGAAGCCUAACUUUGCUGCUGCAUGGGAAGAAGUUGGAGAUACCUUUGAGAAAGAGGAGACUUUUGCUCUCAGCUCUACCAAAACCCUGGAAGAAGCUGUCAACAACAUCAUCACCUUUCUGGGCAUGCAGCCAUGUGAGAGGUCAGAUAAAGUACCUGAUAACAAGAAUUCUCAUUCGCUCUAUCUGGCAGGUGUAUACAGAGGUGGCUAUGAUUUAUUGGUGAGGUCCAGGCUGGCCUUAGCAGAUGGAGUGACCAUGCAAGUGACUGUCAGAAGCAAAGAAAGAACACCUGUAGAUGUUAUCUUGGCUUCUGUUGGAUAAGUUCUUUCUGGGCAAGAUGAAGUUGAUGUACACUUCCCUGUCAGUGGGCUUUUAGGCUAGUGGCAUGAAUUUCCCAGAAUCACACACUUUGGAAAAGCAAAUUAAAUAUUUGGCCCUGAGCCAGCAGAUCAAGCAAAUGUCUUUGUGUUUGGGUUUUGGUGUUUUUUGUUCUUGUUUGUUUUCUUUCUUUUUCUCACUUGGUCAGCUUUUGGUAUGACUGCAGCUCUGGGUGAUAAUUGAAAAUCAAAUACUAUUCUAUACUCCAGCUGCCUAUCUUCAUUGUAUUCUUUCUUUAAUUUAAUGUGUGAACGCUCCUGGCAAUAUUGGAAAAUUUUAUCCCAGAAGGGUGGUAGGGGAGGGGAAGCCAGAAUCCACUUUUGUCACAAUUCAUUUUUAUUAAUAGAAAAUAAACACUUAUUCCAGUUUCAAA